AUGGACAGCAAUAAAGAUGCUGGACUAUUGAAUGGGAUGUUAUUCUCAGGAGCUAUGUCCAUGGGAAAUAACCAUGUGAAUCCUCAUGGGUUACCACUAAGAGAGCCCUUUGGUGUUCCCUUCCAUUUCGAUCCAAAUUAUUGGGACCAAGCCUACUGUGGUUAUUCAGGUAGAUUUUCCUACAUCCCUUUCUCUGGAUAUGUAGGAGUCUAUGACUAUACUUUUGAGCCUGCCUUCAUUCGAAAGAGAAAUGAGAGAGAAAGGCAAAGAGUGCGUUGUGUGAAUGAGGGAUAUGCACGCCUCCGAGAACAUCUUCCCAAGGAGCUUGCAGACAAACGCCUCAGCAAAGUGGAGACCUUAAGAGCCGCAAUAAAUUACAUUAAACAUCUUCAGAGUUUGCUGGACUGUCAGCCAUUAGGGUCUACCACUAAGGAAACAAUAUCUGCUAAGGAGGCUACAGAUGCUUCCAGUCCUGAUCUAAGAAGGGAAUGCAACAGUGAUGGGGAGUCUAAAACCUCUUUACCUUCAUCUCCAUAUAGUGAGUUUGAGGAGACUUGCAUCUAG